GAACAACACUCAUCCAACCAACUAGUACAACAACAAAUAAAAAUGGCAAUGCAGAGGAUUGCAUUCAAAGUCCAUGGCACCGUGCAAGGUGUCGGCUUCCGUGACUUCACCCUCAAGCGUGCUACCGAAUACGACCUAAAAGGCUGGGUCAAGAAUACAGACUGCGGAAGAGUUGAGGGCGAAGCGCAAGGUCCCGAAGAAACCUUACAGAAGUUCCUUAAGGAUAUCAACAGUGGUCCGCGAUUGGCACACGUAGUUAAACUGGAGCAGAAAAAUCUGGAAUCGAAAGAAGAUGACGUCCAGUUUGGGCUCAGAAAGACAUCGGCGUCUGUGUUUGAAUCUCUUUGAUGUUUGGAUAAUGUACAGUUAGGCAGUCUGUCUAUCUUCGAACAAAAAACCCC